AUGGCCAGCGAGGACAUUAUCGUAUUCCUUGACAUUGUCGAUAACACUGUCAAUAUGGUGCGCGGAGACGGGUCGGGGAAGAAGACGCUCUUCACCACCGGCUGCGUGUGCCCCGACGGUAUUGGACUUGACCUCAGCGCGUACAACACGUCGAAUAACCCCGAUGACAUCGUUGUGUGGUGGGGCAAUAUGGGAGCAAUGAAGCCGUGCCCUGAGGAAAAAGAUGGCGCAGACUGGCACGAUGCCGAUGGCUUCCUCGUGCGUGCCCCGCUCUUUGGCAAUAAUUCAGCGGUGGAGCUGGUGGAGGUGAAGGCGCCGCGACACCUCAUUCGUAGCAUGGCGACAUUCCAUGCCCCGGGACACCUUCCGCUCAUCACCACCAUAAAGCAGGUGGCGGUCUCCAGCGACGGAUGCUCCGUCUUCUUCUGCGACCGAGAGGGGCACUGCGUGAAGAAGUACAACGUGAAGACGAAAGAGGUGGUGCCGCUCUUGUCUUUAGACACGCUGGCGGCCCUCGCGAACGGGAUGAGCGAGGAGGAGGCGUACGCUUCACCGGUGGAGCCGAACAGCGACGAGGACAAGUGCCGCUUUUGCGUUGGUAUUGCCCUGGACGAAGUUCACAACCUGAUCUUCUUUACCGCAAAGGGGCCGUCCAAGGGAAGCAAAGGCCGCAUUCUCGCGGCCCCGUACUACUACAAGCGCCGCCACCUACCCUCCGUCAUAGCCGCGAAAACGUCCGCCUCUGAGGGUGUGAUCGACCCGACGACGGUUGUGACGCUGCUCGACCACCUGACGGAGCCCAUCGAUCUGCUGCUGGACUCGAAGGAGAAUUACCUGUACUGGACGAACCGCGGUGAUGCCAAAGAGGGUGGCAGCUCACUGAACCGCGCUCCCGUCACCUACGAUCCCCGUUCCUGGAAGCCGCACCUCGGGGAGAUGGAGCUGUUUUUGGGCGGUUUCAAUGAGCCAAUCGGGCUCGCGUGGGCAGCAAGCCUCGAGAACUGCAUGGAACUGCCCGAGAUCUUUAAAGGCACACUGCGUCAGUAUAUGUACGUCACGGACCACGGCCACCUCUGGCGCUGCAAUGUGGAGGAGCGGACGAAGGAGGUAAUUUACGAGUGCGGCUCCAAAAAUGUGCUGACCGGUGUUGGGGUGCUGCGCAUAAGACCAGAGGAGGAGAAAACAGAGGAGAAGUCUGAGCACGGGUGUGCGGGGCAGGUAUACACUGAAAAGACCCCCACCCCGUGUCGCUGUUAG